UUACAGACGUAUUUUAAUCAACUGCAGUAUCAGACGAAAAAACUGGAAGGAAACACGGCAGACAUUUCAGUGAACCUCAGAAACAAGUUCCAAACAAGAUUUGCAGUCACAAAACGACUUAAAGAUAAAGUUGAAGCUUUAUUCGCCAAGCCUCCGAAACCCACAACAGCAAAAGAAUGCUGUCAAAUCGACAACUCCACCCUGAAAUACGAUGAACUUUUCCGCACCAAAGUCGACCUUAACAACAUUUGUCUGAAGAUUUCCGGUGCUGCAACCUUGAACCCUAGAUAUUUAGAUGCAGAAGAAAUCUUAAGAGAAAUGAGAGACAUUCGUAUAAAAAAUCCCUUUAUUAAGUGGCAGUACUUUGCAUCUGUGGAAGGAGUUCUUACGAGUUAUCCAGUUCAUGACGAUCCAGAACCUUGUGACUUAUACGACCCGCGAUACAGAUCAUUUUACGUAGAAACAGCCACCCCUGAAGCUAAAGAUGUUGUGUUGGUUAUCGAUUCCAGUGUGUCUAUGACUAGCAAAAAGUUUACUAUUGCUAAAGAGGCGGCGAAGACUGUGUUAUCCUCAUUGAAUCCGAAAGAUCAGGUGGGUCCUAGACACUGAGCGAUUUCUCGCGCGCUAAUUGGUCAAGAGCCACAAAAUGGUCGUUAAAGGUGAUGUCACACGGGACGAUUCGCAACGACGAUUUUUAGCGCAACACAGCGUUACAAUGUUGGAAUAACGUUGUAACUAUUCGAAACAAUGUCGUAACAAUAUUGCAACACUGUGUUGCGCUAAAAAAAGUCGUUGCGAAUCGUCUCGUGUAACAUCACCAUAUGAGUGUAGACCAGACGACGAUCGAAUAGUAUCCCAUGAUGCAUUUUUCCAGAAGCAUCACGCAAUAUCGCAGUCAUGGCAGUAGUAUACUAUGUUGCGAAAUAAGCCUCGUUGGUGGAUUCCCUUUGGAUUCCCUCGCAAAAAGUGGAUUUCCUUUAUUUAUAUGUGUCUUCCUGCAUACUAAUUUGGAUUUCCUGCAUACUAAUUCGGUAUAGGUUUACUAAUAAGCGUCACUCUACUACAAUAGGAACAAUAGGCUUGCCUAGACUUGCCCGGUAAGUAACUUGAGCCUGGUUUUCGGACCGUCUAUUAAAAGGAAAAUAAGAGCGAUCACCUCGCAACGCGAGAAACGGCUUCCUAUAUAUAAACAAAACACAUACAGAAAGUAGAGUUGAAAAGUCUUUAUUUCAAUUUAGUUUAUGUCUUCUUUUUUAGCUCUAAAACUCGGAUAUAUAUAAACAAAACAUACACGAAGGGGAGCUAAAAACGCGUUUUUUCAAGUUUGUCUGACUAUUAUAAUUACAGAACUGUUUUCUCCGUUUUAUCUCGAGGAAAUGAAAUACUAUUGAAGUCUCAACGUUUUACGCACCGUGAGUCAAAUACAAAUUAGCUCUACAGGAAAAACCUCAAGGGAGCAUAUUGAAGUAUUAUUAUAAAACAAAUAAUUUAACAAGGAUCAAUUAAUUAAACACGCGACUAAUAAUUGCUAGCAAUAAAAUCAGACACGAGAUACCGUUUAAAACAAAAAGAGUCAAAUACACAGUGAUUUGAAAGAAAUCUAUUAAAAUAGUCAAAGAAAGCAAGCCAUCCUUUUUUUUUACAUUGCGCACAAUGUUUUACUUACCCCUCUCCCUUUUCAAUUUUAUUUCCCUCCUCAAUUUUUUUUAUUCUCUUCUCCACAAUUUUAUUAUUUUCCCUCCUCAAUGUUUUUAUUCCCUCCUUCACAAUUUUUAUUAUUUUCCCUCCUCAAUGUUUCUUAUUCCCCUCCUCCUCCUCCACCUCCACCUCCUCAUUUCUAUUGUUUUUCCUCCACCACCACCUCCAUCACCACAUUUCUAUUGUUUUCUCCACACCACCACCUCCACCGCCACAUUUCUAUUGUUUUCCCUCUACCUCCACCACCACCACCACAUUUCUAUUGUUUUCCCUCCACCACCACGUCCACCACCACUACCGCCACAUUUCUAUAGUUUUCCCUCGACCACCACCACUACCACCAUAUUUCUAUUGUAUUCUCCUCCUCCUCGUCCUCCUCCACCUCCUCCUCAUUUCUAUUGUUUUUCCUCAAAAGUCCAAAGAGGCAAAAAUCAGGCCUAAAAGGCCUAAAAGACCAAGCUUGGAGGGACCACUAUCAGAUCACUAACAACCUGGGCUCAAAUACACGAUCUGCCAGACUGAAAUGUUUUACUAGCACUCGCAGUCAACAGUCAGUUUAUUCGAAAAUUCGCCAUUCUAAUGAAGUUCAAUCAAUUGACAGCUGUCAAACUACAGCAUCCGCUGACCAACAUCACCUGACCGUAUCCCGGGCUCAGGUAUCGGCCCACUGAGUUCGAGUUUUUUUGAAGUUAUCCACUGACAAGUUACUACUUUUUAAAUGAUUGCAGGCUCAAGUUCAAUUUUUUUAACGCAUAGGAAAUAGGGAGUUGUGUUUAUGAGCCGCACUAUUAAACUUUUAAUUUCAAACUGACCUCGGACGCGAGAAAUCAGCCAGCUUUUACAGACAGGGAAGUCGCUUUUGACCUUUCUCACUAAGGUCACGCGUUGGUCACGCUCUACGUUAUGUUCUGAUUGGUCAAAAGUUGACAGGUGAGUUCAUGCGCAAAAUUUAUGCAGCAUCUUGAAACUUGUUUACUGAUAGCUGAAACUGACAGGGUUUUGUGUAACGUUGUGAAGCUUUUAACUGUCUUUUUCUACUGGAUGCACAAAAUGAAAUACAGCUGCUAGCAAGAUUCUUAAGUUAUUCGUGGCUGGUUUGUUUAUUGGUUUUUUGGUUUAGAAAUGCGCCGCUAGUCAAAGUCAUCGGAAAUCCCAUUUCGGAUAGAUCGCUUUUACUUUGACUUCCCCUUGCUUAAUACGUAUUGUAAAGAGAGUUCAAAAAUGUCUCAAGCGAUUCUGAUGGCCUUCAGGAACUGCAUCUUGACUGGUAAGCCUGAGUUAUUUUUGUAUUUGAUCUGUCUUUUUUUUUUCUGGUCUCGUAAAGUCGAGCGUAGUUCUGCGCCUAGUUUAUGCACAAGAGAAUGAUCUGACCUACAAUAACAUCAGGUUCGACAUAACCUUACAGAUUUUUAAAAAGUUUUAACAUUUUCUGACCACAAAUACAAAGUAAACGUUCCGAAGAAUACAAUGUAUUUAGUUAUGCUUUUGGCUGUAAAAAGAAAACUCUGAGCGAUAUUCUUGCCUCGCGGUUUAUCUUGAAGUAAACACCGGGAAACCUAUGGCGUACAUUUGCGGACAAAAAUAAUUGAAAAUAAAAGACAAUUUGAAGUUCAAAAAUUAGACUAUCCAUGUCGAAAUCUCGUCAUAUGAAUUUGAAAUCGCAAUGAACGCAGUCGAAAUAGCAUCAUUCGAACUUGAAGUUACAUUGAACAAGUUGAAACUAUAAAGGGAAAACUCGACAUCGCGGAUGUUGAAGUUCAAAUCACCAUUCCAACUAAAAUGCAAAUUACAUGAUUUGAACUUCAAUUCACCUUGUCCACUCUAAUAAGCCACUUAAUCGUCAACAAUGCAACCAUAAUCUUCCACAAAAUUCCAAGUGAAACCUUUAAUUUGAACUUAAAGUCACGUCACAUAUUCGAAUUCGAAAAACCAAAAUUUCAAUUCGAAAGGAAGCGGAAGUAAAAAUACACAGGAACCGAGUAACUACUAGGUACGAGUCUACAGAUGGGAGGCUUGGAACCCGAGCUUUCCUCAUCUCUGAUGUGAUCGUCGUCAUGGCUUCGCGAUGGCUACCGAACAAACGAAGAGUUUUUCGUUGGACUGGUUAGAUUGUUAGAGGCAUCAGAAACUAAUCUAAACUCAGCAUCAUAUGAUAAUUCUGAAUUUUUAUUUCGUCAACUUGAUUCUCACGAGAGACCUUUGUCAACUCUGCUAACAGUGUUGACAAGCCUACACGACUCCUGCAGUUCGCGGAUGAAUAAAUUCCAAUAAAGCCUUUACUAGGAUGUCCUUGAGGGAUUUUCCCUUACGAUAUGAGAUGAUGGGGGGCUCCUUAAAGAUUUCUCUCAGUUGCGGUUGAUUUUCUAUAAGGUGCCAUUUCCCCAUGAGUGUGUCCUUUAGGUUAGGCAACGCCGGAUGUAUUGUGUUAUAAAGGGCAGUGUUUUCUUAGGUGCGGUUUUGUUUUUCUGCGCUAGCGACAUUUCUCUAUGAGAGAAUUUAAUCUCUGAAAGGCGUUUUUCUACAAUUCUAGCUGGGUAAUCUCUAUUCUGCAGGCGUGUUUUGAAAUUACCGAUGUUUUCCUCAAAAGUAAAUUGAGAGGAAUUUUUUCUCAGAAGCCUUAAUGCUUCUCCUUUUAUAAAGUUUAAGUUUGCCACUACAGCCCUCACAAUCUGUUGGAUUGUCCUGGAGUCACCCUUAUCAUUCACAUUGUCCGUCAUAUUGACCAGAGAGUUCGAGUGAAGAGAAAUCUUUUCGCGCCAAAAUGCCGUUAUGCAAACAUCCCGUAUGUACAGUGUAGCGAAACUCUUAUUAUUUCCGGUUCCUGUGUAUUUUUACUUCCGCUUCCUUUCGAAUUGAAAUUUUGGUUUUUCGAAUUCGAAUAUGUGACGUGACUUUAAGUUCAAAUUAAAGGUUUCACUUGGAAUUUUGUGGAAGAUUAUGGUUGCAUUGUUGACGAUUAAGUGGCUUAUUAGAGUGGAGCAGGUGAAUUGAAGUUCAAAUCAUGUAAUUUACAUUUUAGUUGGAAUGGUGAUUUGAACUUCAACAUCCGCGAUGUCGAGUUUUCCCUUUAUAGUUUCAACUUGUUCAAUGUAACUUCAAGUUCGAAUGAUGCUAUUUCGACUGCGUUCAUUGCGAUUUCAAAUUCAUAUGACGAGAUUUCGACAUGGAUAGUCUAAUUUUUGAACUUCAAAUUGUCUUUUAUUUUCAAUUAUUUUUGUCCGCAAAUGUACGCCAUAGAAACCGGCUUAAAUCUGCAAAGUUUUGAAGUUUAUGAGCUUAUGCUCACAAUUUUCAGAGACACUUACUCGAAAAAACUUAUCGUCGUGAAUGAAAAUUGUUGUCUCUGCACAUGUUUCACCGAGUUAUACUUAUUUUACUGAUUGUUAGUAGUCUCUUUCUCAAUUUAAUCGCUGCGUAGGUUGUUUUCAGUCGAACAUAUAACAAAACAUCGCACUCAAGAGUACUCAAAAUGUCGCGCAUAAUAUCACAUAACAAAACCAUAAAUAAAGGAAAAUAAAACCUAAACAUGGUAAGUUCGAAUUCUCUAUCAUGUUGAAGCUUAACUCUAUUAAUGUUCAUUCAAACAUUAGUAAGGUACUGUAUCUGAGCUAUAAGACAUGAAAAUAAAAUUCAUUAUUUUUAUCAUUAUUAUUCAAACGGCUCCGACAGCUCGGACUGCACUGAAUUUGGUGCUUGAUGACAAAAGUGAGAGCCCGUCCAGCUGGCCGUACAGGUGAUUUUGGGAAUUUUUGGAUCGUUUUCACUAAAAGCCCAUAAUAAUUACCCUAUAUAUCACAUAGGAGCAGAUUUUUUCCGACUAAACAGUCCCAGUAUUAUGGAAAAUUCUCUUCAUGAAAACGUUCUAUAAUGUGGUCAGUUCUAUACUUUUUUGUUCAAAGGAGGCGCGUGCUUCGAACGGCCGUCGAUAAAACCCGGAACAUGGAACAUCCCGGAACAUUCCGGAACAUUCCGGAACGUUCCGGAACAUCCCGGAACAUGAAAAAAUUAAAAUAUUUUUUUGUGAAAAAAUGAUUAAUUAACUAAAUAAUAAUAAUAAUAAUAAUAAAUAAUAAAAGGAACAAUAGAUAGAAAACAAUUUUUGCAAAAAUUUAUAAUAACAAAAUAAAUAACAUAACAUAACAUAAAAACGAAAAAUAAAGAAACAAACCAAGAAAGAAAGAAAAAGAAACUGGUAUCAUCUCCGAGUAUGAGAAAACAAUAUUUUGUUGCAAUGAAUUUUUUGCAGUGGGCGAGUAAGGUUCCAUUCAAAUGAUAGUCCCCAGUCAUCCUACUCACCCUGGUCACCCUAAUGAGUGAAGGCUUGCUUCUUAAUUCAAAAUAUAUUAAAAUGGGUCGCGAGGAGAGGGUUUUCAGGCUUUCGUCACACAGCCACCUCUUGUAAAGGUUUGCAAUGUGGUUUAACGGUUAUCCAUUUACGGCUUUGCGACCGAAAGAAGAGCUUAGGGGGCUUGUCGCUUUGGACUUGGAUAAUUAAAUUAAAGAUUCAGAUUCACCGUGAAUAGUUGCAGUGGCAGUGGUAGCGCAGCGGUAGUUUCUAACUGUUAUCAGUUAGCCUGAAUUUUAGCCGUCUCCCCGCAAACUCCUCCUGCGACUAGAGGAGACGUCUGAAAUAUCAUGCUGACUGUAAACAGUAUAGAAACUACUACGAAUGUGAGUAUUGUCCACUAAAAUCCAAAGACAAGAGCCCCUAUACUCUUCUUAAGUUCACAGAGCCGCCUAGUCUGUAAGUAAUUCAUGUUCAAAGAAAGCAAAGCACCUCAAGUAAGCAAAUGUCGGUUAUAAAUAAGGAGACUAUAUGUUGGCUUGAAAUGAGCUACUUACCGACUUGGCUUGACAUGAAAUACUGCACCAACAUUUCAGACCAUUGCAGAACCGUAAAUGGAUAACCGCCAAAUAAUUAACUCGCGGCAAACAAUUACAAGAGGUAACUGUGUGAGGAAAGCUUAAAAAACCCCCCUCCUCGCGACCCAUUUUAAUAUAUUUUGAAUUUAGAAGCAAACCUUCACUCGUUACUGUCAUUUGCAUGAACUCUCACUCGCCCAACAAAUUUUAAUUUGUUGCGACAAAAUAUUGUUUUCUCAUACACACAGAGGAUAUCAGUUUCUUUUUCUUGAUUAAUUGAUUAUUUUUCGUUUUUCUUUUGUUAUUUUACGUUAUUAUUAAUUUUUACAAAAAUUAUUUUAUUAUUAUUAUCUUAUUUUAUUUUUUUCAUGAAAAUUAUUUUUAUUUUUUCAUGUUCCGGGAUGUUCCGGGAUGUUCCGGGAUGUUCCGGAAUGUUCCGGCAUGUUCCGGAAUGUUCCGUGUUCCGGGUUUUAUCGACGGCCGCUUCGAUCGUCCUGGAUAUUCAAGGGAAUGAGCGCAAUUUGUCUCGCAAAAUUGUGAAAAAGUGCAGAAUUAUAGGCUUAAAUAGGGCAAGGAAAAACAAAUUCUGUUCGAGGUCUGUAUGAUGAAAAACAGGCACACAGGCAUAGCACUGUUUUCCUCAAACCAUAUGUAUAAAAACACUGAUAAAAGGUAUCUUUAAAUACUGGUUUACACCAGAUUUGUCGCCAAGACUUACUUGUAAAGUAAACCUGUAGAACACAAAUCUUUUUCGAAACACAAAAAGACCAGCCCGAUUUUUUUUAUUAUUUCAGAAAUGCAACGUGUAAAUUGGCUGCAACCGAGGACUCUUGUGUGUUGCAUAAAAUUAUGUGUCAAAGUAUUCUUGUCUAAGGAAUCACUUUCCCUUAAAAGUCUCAUGAAUGUGCCCUAAAGUUAACUGAUUAAUGUUUAUUGUUGUAUUUAAAUUAUUAAUUUAUUAACGUGAGCUUCGCUUUUAGCCCUGGCUAAAUCUAUAUAUUACAUAUUAAUAAAGGGAAUCCACUUUUUGCGAGGGAAUCCAAAGGGAAUCCACCGACGAGGCUUAUCUCACAACAUCGUAUACUAGUCAUGGCAGAUUAAAAAAAAAAAAUAAGGUCGUUUUCUCGUCUGCUUUUUUCUCAUUUGUAUCCAAUAAAAGUAAGAAAAUUAUAUUAUUUUGUUAUUUGACAUGAUUUCUCCGAUUUGCAAUGGCUUAAGAGUGAAGUUUCCAAACAGAAACAUUUAUUUUCAUUGUUUCACUUAGUCCUCGCAUCACAAAGUGUUCAGUGACACACUAUUUGCGAUUUUUUGGAUUAUUUGUUGAAGUAUUCCAAAUGUGGACCUCACGCCAGCAAAAUAAAGUCCUGAAUAUUGCACACGCUAAGAAGUACCCAGAAGUACCCACAUUUUGAAGACUUUUUUGUCGACCAAAGAUACUAAAAUGUCAUAUCUUUUAUCACAUUUCAACGCCAUGUGUUAUAAUAUAUCUGUAAGGCCUGCUAAAGGCUACAAUCUGUUGGGCGCUUUCGAGAGCGCUUUAUGCCGAAGCAGUCACUUUGUGUUUUCAAAGCGAUUAUCAGUUUUAACAGGAAUUUGACUAUAUUUAUUUAAUUAGAGCAAGGGGCGAUGAAUAUAAAUGAUGUGUUUCGGUGUGAUAGGAACCGAAAGAAAGGUGCCACGCAGCGUGCGAGCGGCACAACGUUAAACAAGCCUGCUCAGAAUGUGAAAUAGAAACAUCAGAAACCUUCAUUAUUCAAAAGAACAGAUCAGUAAAUUUCCUUGAAGAUUGCUUGAGUCAACAACGGGUAGUUUGGGCUUCAGAGAAUUGUUUGUCGCAUCGGUAUGUUAAAUUUUAUGUGUACUGCAGUUGUAAACUGAGCUCCUUUGAGCCGAUGCUGUAAUAAAUCCUCCUUUGGUAAUUAGCUUCACAACGUAGCUGCUGUUUUGUUGGAGCCACUUUUUAGAUCAGUCAUGGUUUCAGUUCUCCUAGUAAACCUUAUCAGACGCCGAGUCUUAUACUUUGUGUUUGGUUGCGACCAAGCGCACAAGUAGUUCUCGACAGAUCAGUGAAACACAUGUAAACUAAAACCCUUCAAAGUGACGCUGAAAUUCUCCUUUAAAGCACAGUGAAUAUUCUCGAAAGCAGAAGCUACUGAACCGAAACAUGUUUGGAAACUAUCCACAUGGAGCACUGCGACGUUCAUUUCGCGCGUACUGAAGAUUACUGAUCAUAAUAUGUCACGUAGGCAGUGAUAACAUAACAUGGAACGUGGUGCAUCAUGGGAUACUAUUCGAUCGUCGUCUGAGUGCAGACCAUGGAAAUGACUUGGUGGUGCUCCUAUUUUGUAGUUUUUUCUUUUUAGCGUUUGCGAUUUUCCGAGAAAGUUCAAUGAAAAUGGACGUAAAAAAUUGUAAAUGGUACUGUAAAAAACAAAUAUAGUCGACUCCCGAUAACUCGAACCUUCAAGGGAAAUCGGAAAAAGUUCGAGUUAUCAGGAGUUUGAUGCAAAUAACCGAAAGUCAGGAAAUAAGCAAAUGGAUGGGAAGGAAAGGCAAUUAAGCAACAAAGUAUACAAAAAUGGACACUGAAUUUGAACUGGAGUGACAAAAAAAGUAAGGAAAAAAAAUUUACUCGGUCGUAAAUUUAAUCUUUCGACUUCACGCGCCUAUAACAUGGUUCUAGUUAUCGAGGGUAAAAUCGUAUAGAAAUCAGCUGAUGGGAAACCAACAUUGGUUCGAGUUAGCGGGAGGGUCGAGUUAUAGAGGGUAAAAUUAUAGUAAAUGUAAGAAGGAAAUCCAGGGAAAUCGACUUUGGUUCGAGUUAGCGCAAGGUUCGAGUUAGCGAGGGUUCGAGUUAUCAGAAGUAAACCGUAUACAAUAAUUUCCCACGGUCUAAUUAACAAAUAGAUUCCAUGUUGCCGUGCGUCAUGCUCAGUAAUAGAUCAUAGAUGACAUAAAAAUGUGGUAAAAACAAAGUAAGUGGCACGCGAGCCACAGACAAAGUGUGUCACCGAUGUUUUCACUUUUGACGUCUUCCGUGAUCUACUACUGAACAGACCCACGGCAACAUGGAAUCUAUUUGUUAAAUAGACCACGGGAAAAUGUUGCAUAUUUGUUUUUACGUCCAUUUUCAUUGAACUUUCUCGGAAAAUCGUCCUCGCUAGAAAGAAAAAAACUACAAAAUAGGAGCACCACCACGUCAUUUCCAUGGUCUGCACUCUCAACGACCAUGUUGUGCCUCUUGGACAAUGACCAGAAAAGGAAAAAGACCGAUAUACAUACCUGCCUCGUACCGCUUGACUGGUCUAGGAUUUGUGUUACUUAAGGCAUUUUUUGUCGCAAACGCUACUUUUCGUCUCUUCUUCUUUUUCCGUUAUCUUACUUGUAAAAAGUUUCUUCGAAACGUUUUUCAACGUCUUAACUUGCUCAAAACAGAAUAAUGGCGAAAAUAUUUUGCAUAUCAGCCAGUCUCUCGUAAAGAUGACACACGAUCAGCUGUCGUGAAGUUUUCUGGCAGUUUAGGCAUUUUCAAGUUGUCAAGUACUCUUUUUGCCUUCGUUUUUCCAAUUUUUUUUUGAACUACUUGCAAAAUAAGACAUCACGUCUUUACCACAUUCCUAGCCUGUUGCAGGCCCCGAGAUAUACAUUGAGAAAGAAUUGAGAAAGCUCAAACACGAAAAUAAAACAGGAGGAAACUGGGGAGAGCGGGGGCGGCGGAGCCUGUAAUCAUUUCUUUAAACGACCCGUUCCGGUAUACCAGCUCCUGGUAUACCCUCUGAUCGGUCAGAUUUGACAGAUUAUAUCAACACUCUCAAAGCGGGUCGUUCCUGUCACUCAGAGAGAAUUGGCGAGCGGCGUCCACGCGCGUGAAAUAGAGGAUUCCACGAUAACUUCUGUGUUGAACGAAUGUUUACUAUAUUUCCAGCACAUGGGAGCGCUGAGGAAGGAACCGAAGACCUGCCUUGUGAACUUGGUGCGUGGAAAAGAUGUUUUUGUAAUCCUGCCGACCGACUUCGGUCUCGCCUGAUAACAAAGUGGCAAUAACAGAACGGUCGCAAGAAGUUAUCUGCGUGCUCCAGUCCAGAUUCACAUUAUCUUUAGAUCUCUUAAGAAGAACUAGCUGGAGUUUAAAAAUAAUUGCUUAAGAGCAAUCUUGACUGACUCACAACGUAGUUCUCCAUGUUUAAAGUAGCUUCAGUUUAAGUUGCAAUCCAUUCUUCGAAAUUUGGAUCUGUGAAUCACCACCCUUGAGAAUUUCACUUCCUGCGAAAACACUAACAAGCUGGGCCCAGCGUGACAAAAUUCAUUGUAGGAGACCAUCACAUCACAUUCACAGACAAAAGAAAAUCGCUUUCAGUUAUUCAGAUCAAGGAGGGAUUUUGGAGAAAAUCAAACAACGUAAAACCCUUAAACUUUACGUUUCAAAAUAGGUCAAAGAAAAUGCUAUUGCAUCAGAAGGCAAAUCAUCAGAAAUGCCAACCAGAAACAAUAACCUCAGAAAAUCAAUACGCGUGUCGCGACCUCUCAGCAUGAAACAGUCGGAAACAACCACACAGUUUGCUCAGUCAAAAUCUGCAAAAUGCAGACCCCUCCAGAGCAUAAUCUACCUGCAAGGGAAAAUAUUCACUGGAACAAGCAGCAUUUUGGCACAAGGUAAAAGUCGUGUGUUGCCUACCGACCCGCUUUUUACACUCCAGAUUGCUCUGACUCGCAUAAGGGAUAAGCGCCGCGCGAAAAAAUCUCGAGAGAAAUUUGAGAAAUUAAGAUUCCAACUCAUUGACAUUUCAACAGUUUGACAGCCGAAAUCUAAUGAUCUCAAACGUACUGAAAGUGGGCGGAAGAAGGUCGUAAAAUAAAUGAUUGCAGGCUCUCUCUCCCUUCCUUUCUCGUUUUUCCCGCCCCGCCAACUUUUCGCGUGCCUUUUUCUUUCGCGUCUUCCCCACUAUCUGAGAGCCUGGAACAGGCUACCACAUUCCACACACGUAUAAGAAAUGUAAAAUGUAAAAAUGAUAAAAAUGUUCUAGAAGUUUUAAAAUCUUCGAAAUACACUUGGCUCUCCGAGCUUCGUCCGUCAAUAAAAUUUUCAUUUAAGAUGCACUAAAAUAGUCUGCGUGUUCGCCAGUGUCAUGUAAGCCAUCUACUCUACACACUGGGCAAUCCCCUCUUUUCCAUUUUCGUGAUUUAAACGGAUCAGACCUCUGGAGUAACUUUUUAAUCGCAACACCAGCUCAGUUUUUCUACGACUUUGAUUUUGAAACCUCGUCGCUUUAUUUCUUUCUCGUAUCUCCUCUGUAGCUGUGAAUUGGGUGUAGCUGGUACAAAAAUACCGCCUUGUUUCCGCCUUUCUUGUACCAGUUACUCCUCUUCCUCGCUUUUUCUUGGUCUCGUUCCUCUCUCUUCCAUUCUCUGGGUCGAUGUAAAAGUCUUUCUCCUUCUUGAUCAACUUUCUCUCUCGUUUCAUAUGCCUUAAGGGCCGAGUUGACAACCUCAGCACUGACUCAGGAGAUCCUAAGAGUUCUACUUAAUUUUAGCAAACUGUUGCCAUGGGAGAGGAGGGUGGAGAAUGUUAACGAGAUGGUUUUGAGAAUGCAGUACUCGGGAUACAGCGAGAAAUUCAGGUAUAAGGUUGUCAACUCGGCCCUUAAGACGUGAUGUCUUAUUUUGCAAGUAGUUCAAGUUAUUGGAACACAUUCCUAGUCUCGGCAUUUACAAUUUCUCAAAAAUCUUCCAUUUUUCCUCUCUGUAAAUAGCUCAUUGUAAACUUUUUUCGAGGCUUUCACUCGCUCAAUCCGAAAUAAUCUUACAAACAUUUUCAAAACCGCGCACCAUGUGAAUUGAACAAAAAAAAAAAGUUUUCCGUGACGUCAUCCAUGUAUCUGUAGUCUAAUAGAACAUGGGUAACGACCAGCGUGCGUAACAUUCACAUCACUGCAUAAACUCUUUUUAAACUGAGCCACUGGCCAUGGAUAAUGCAAUCCUAGAGCGCUGAUUGGUUUAGCCAUCAUGGUAUAUGAGCCAUUGUUAUAUUCCUAGAGUUUCACUCAACUAAACUAAACUUUCUUGGUCACAUGGCCUCGACUAAAAUCAAAUGUGCCCCGAUCGUGAUACAUUAAGCAAUGUACCCCGCUCGGGAUACAUUACAACACGUGAUCAAAGCAUGUUGGAUAGUUACGUGACCGAAGGCGGGUAAAACACUGCCGGGUCCUGCCACUGGCUGCCAGUUUUCUUUUUCGUGACUGAACGCAACAACAUCAUGAAGCCUCACGCUAAAAAGCAACGAUUAUCAAACAUAUCAGUGACUCCCUCGCCCGCGGCUCGUGUGCCACUUCUUUGUUUUUACCACAUUUUGACGUCGACGACGUCAACUGUGAUCUAUUACUGAACAAACGCCCGGCAACAUAGAAUCUGUUUGUUAAACAGACCAUGACAAAUUGUUGGUUAUGCAUGGGCACAAGAGAGUAGCUCGCUCUGGCCGGGUUAUAGGUUCCAGCUCCUGCUCAGUUACAUUGGUUUGAAAAACGAGCGAGCAACUCCUUUAUGCCCACGCAACGGCGUUAUCGCAGACCAGUUCAUUUUUAGAUCGAUUUUCUAGCGAAUUUUGAAUAUCAAAUAAGUCUUACAUAACAGUCAUCAAUCAUCCGGUGCUUCCAUGAUACGUUUAUACAUUGAUCAUAAAAAUGGUAUGUUUUUGGUUACUUUUCUUCAAGGUUAAUGUAGUUUCCUUCAACACAGAAGCCUCAACAGAAGGUGGUUCUGAUGUCACGUCUUGUUUCAGUGAGAGGUUAGCUCUAGCAGUUCCUGAGAAUAAAAAAAGCCUAAAGAAAUACAUUGAGGGACCCAAGUUUAUUGCACAUCGUAAGUCUAUUGUAAUAGUUAUUAAUUCUUAUUUUCACUAUCAUGUUUUACCCCGCCAAGCUCCCUAGCCUGCUAGCAGUUAUUUCCGUUUCCUCGAAGUAAGAGGUGGGAGGGGAGGGGAGGGGCGGGGAAGGGAAGAAAACCGUUUCCUUUCCUUUCCCGACCCUGUCCCCGGCAUUUACUUUAUUGCUUCUUUAUUCCUCGCGCGACUUUCGUCCUUGUAACGAAAGACCUAAAGGAAAGGGAAACGACUGCUACGCAGGUUACAAGCUCUUGUAAGCCGCCAUUUAACCCCUACAUCUCUAGUGGCCACUUUUGGAACCUUGAUUCUCUUUUAGGUCUCUUAAAAGAGGCUGUCUCAGUAAAAACCGCCCACUAAAUUUCGCGUGAAAUGUAACUUUGCCUGAAACUCUGGCGAGUGAAAGGCUUUAUCGAGACUAUAACUAAAAUUGGUUUGCUUUGAUUCGCAAUAAUUUUCUGGCCGCGCUGAGGGGCGACGAGUAUUUUGUCCCGCCACAGCCAUUUUGCACGUCAUGAAAACUGAAAAUUUGGCAUUUUUUUGCAGCGCUGUAAAAUGUUUGAUUUGCACCAUCUACCAAUGAAUUUUAUACCUAUUUAUAGGUAAACAUCUCUAGUUUUUCCUGAAAGUAAUAGUUAUCCGCUAAAUUUAGCUGUAAAGACGAAAUCAAGCAAAAUAUGACCCCAACUAAUUGCCUUGGAGCGAAAGGCCAAAAAUGACCCUGUUUCAAAAGCUUAUUUCUGACGUUUGGGACAUAGUUGAAAGCUCUAGACUAAAUAGAUGCAAAGAUAGGCCAUCUGUUAUUAAUAAUAUACAAAACCCCAUGUGCGAUUUCAGUAUUUUAAAAGUUAUGACCGUUUGUAUCAACGCGUAUGCGAGCUAAUACGAUAAAAGUACGGCUUACCUAAUUCAUUACUGAAACUGACUCACAAAUGAAGCCAUAUUCCAAUCCCUGAGAUGCCGGACUCCAUAAAAUUCCAGUAAAUGUGCUUUAGAAACUGCUGUUAUGCGACCAUUUUUGAAUCCCAUGCUAACAAUCCGAAGCUCAAAACAGGUGAAACUGUGUCACGUUUCGAGCUAAAUAGCUCGGUAAAACAACCGUUCAGAGGUGAAAGUUUGCUCGAGAAUCAGAAAAUCUACUAGGCAGGUCUCAUUUUGGAUCAGAAAAUUGAGAUUUCAGAGCUACAACCUCAAAUAAACCUUCUAUUCAACCGGCUCUGCAAGGUCAAAUGCAGGUUGACACGUACACCGGAAAUGUUGAAACGCGGAGAUACGGAAAACCGGAAAUGCGGAAAUCCGGAUCAUCCGCAAAUCGACAAAUCUGAAAUCAAUCAGAAGCCGUAGGCAAUUCCAACGAUUAGAGACAGCUGCAUUCGUUUAGGGCACCUUUUAGACGUUGAGAUACGUAAAAGAUAAAACCUUCCAAACCGGCGUAGCUGUUUGAUUUUCACUGAACUGAAACGUAGUUCCACCAUCGAUUGCGUUUGGAAAAUAGGCUCCAUAAGAAACAGUAAAUAUCAUUAACCGGUUACAAACAUUCUAUGUGCGCUAACAUAUCACACCUGUCACUAAUACUUUACAGAAGUUGGCCAUAUAUCGAAACUGAAUGUGUCGAGAUCUAGGGAACCCGGCAAGCUCGGUUGUCUGGGCUUAUUAGUAUAGAGGCCCUUGAAAAUCGCUUGUUAAGAGCGGAUAAAUAGUCCCAGCCGGUGAGUAUAUUUAAGGUUUAUAAGAAACCGAUCAUUACUUAGAGGGGGGAGGAGAGGGCUUGAGUGAAUGGGAGAAAGCCUUCUUCAUAUUUUACUGAUCCUCUUCCUGAAUAUUCUCCCGUCCCUUUGAAUAUUUUUACAACAGGAACUACAUUUUUCUCCUCCGUCUCCUCCCAAACUUUACCUAACUCAUUACUGGCACUGACUAAAAAAUUGAUCAAUAUUCCAGUCAAAAUUCUAGUAAACGCGCUUUUGAAACUGCUGGUAUGCGGCCAUAUUUGAAUCCCAUGCUGAAACUACUGUAAAAUUCCGAAAAUAAGCCCCUCCAUGUAUAAGUCCCCCCAAACUUGUAACACAAAAAACCCUCCGUGAAAUCGCCCCUCCGAAUAUAAGCCCGCUGGGAGCUUGUACCUGGAAAAUUGCCCUCAAACACAAGGUAAAACAAAACAAGAACGGUUAAUUUCCUUCCAACUUUAAGCUAGCCCAAUCGAUUUUGAAAAGCAAACUUCCCUUCCCACAUAAGCCCCUCUGAAUAUAAACCCGUCCAAAAAUAAGCCCCUCAAAAAGGGCCUUUGAAAAAUAUAAGACCCGGAGCUUAUUUUCGGAAUUUUACGGUAUGUCACGUUUCGAGAUAAAUAGCUGGGUAAGAAAGAAAAUAAAAGGUGAGACUUGUCCGAGAAUCAAAACAUCAGCUAAGCAGAUUUCGUUUUGGGUCAGAAAACCCAAAUUUAUAGGAUUAUUUUUUCGACCAUUUAACGGUGUUUUGUAGCUAAUCCUAAAACAAAGUGUCUCAGCGCCUUUCUUGGCCAUAUUGCAUGGCAUUUUUGGUUUCAAAAAAAUGCCAAAUUUUCAGUUUUCAAGACGUGCAAAAUGGUUGUGGAGGGACAAAAUACUCGGCACCCCCCAGCGCGACCAGAAAAUUAUUGUGAAUCAAAGCAAACCUAUUUUAGUUAUAGUCUCGAUUAAGCCUUUCACUUGCCAGAGUUUCAGGCAAAAUUAUUUUUCACGCGAAAUUGAGUGGGAGGUUUUUUCUGAAACAGCUUCUUAAAAGGCCAGGGGCCUGUUUCUUCAAAUGCUCGGAAACUUUUUUAAGCCCGAGGGUUUAUUUUAAAAUAAAAACCUGUUGAAUAGUAGCACAGUUCCUAGCUCACAAACCUGUCAAUUUUGCUUCGUUAACUGAUAGCUUUAUUGUAUCAUUUGCAAAUUAUUGAAACUUGAAUGCAAUCACGGCAAACAUAAACCAGCUCUCCGGGCUCGAAACGUUCCCGGGCAUUUCGAGAAACGGGGCCCAAGCUCCAGUAACGUACACCUUUUUCGCGUCCGUAGGGUGUCCGCUUACGACAGUUUCCACGGUAGUUCCUUGCAACGUUUAAACAGUCAUAUGACCAGCUGUGGCAUCAAGGUCCAACUGUUGCAGUCCUACUAGGAAUGAUCAUCAGCAUUCCUGCACCGGAAAGCGACAUGGCUGGACAUGAACGUAGUCUGCUGUACAUACGAAAGAAAUGUAGUCGUGCCUUUGGGUGAAAUGGAGACUGUCCAUACCUUCUCUAGUUUUCCCAUAACUUGGAAGGAAAGCGACGAAGCGAACGAAAUAAGCUCCAGCGAAAAGCCCGACGGGGGGAAGAGGGGGCACGGGGUGAGAUUGAGCCUCGCCUCAUCUUAUACCGUGAUACUCUCCUCCAGUUCUCAUUUUUAUCAAAUAGAAUUACGAGAAAUGUCAAUUGUUAGACUAAUAUUUUGCUAACUGUCUGAAGAGUUAAGUCUGUUGUUUAGGGCAUUUUUUCAUUUUUUUGCACACACCAAAUCAGUGAAAUCGCUCACCGAAACAUCUUUUAUCUUUUUGAAACCCCUCUCUAGAGUGGUUUAGGACCCUGCUUAAAUGUGUUCGAGAUGGCAACGGAACUCGCACUAGAAUGUGAUUGAACAAUUUUCAUGUCCUGUCCACGCGAAUUCGGGUAACAUAAUAUGCGGUUUCUGGAUUUGUGUGGACUGGGUCUUAGAUUGAUUGCGAUUUGUUUAUAUAUAGAUUUAUCCAGGGCUUUAAGCGCAGCUCUCGUUAAUAUGCUUGUAGUAUAAAGGUAGUUUACUCAAACGAAAUAUUAAAAUUAAGUAAUGCUAAACGGCAAUGGCAAGGAGAACGGCAAAAAAAAAAAUAAUGAUCUAAAGGUACCGUAAAACGGGCUUCAAAAAACGGUGCAACUUGUUUUGCAAUAUUGCUGCAAAACGAGUUGAAUAGCGAUGUUGCGCGUUUUGCCACCCACGACAAAAAAACCUUGCAACCUUAUUCGAACGUCGGCCGUAAAACACGCAACAUCACAAGAUUCAACUCGUUUUGCAGCAGUGUUGCAAACAAGUUAGCUCAAGUUGCACUUUUUUUUGUUACCCGUUUUACCCUGUUGGCUUCCCACUAGAGCUUCAAGUAUAAUGUAAGUGUCCUUGGAACCUACUUUGAGUUUGAAGGGGUAAAAUGUACCCACUUCAACUUUACUUGGUGACCAUGGAAACUUUCCUAGUUUAAAGAAGCUGAAGUUAGCACUAAGGUAUGGUCUUCACCACCCUUGAGAACACACUUGACCAAUAAGUAAUGGAAGCCAUCACGUGCACGAUGUGAACGACGUGCAGCGUAUCCAAGAUUCUAAUGAAGGGAGAGAUUACUUGGCUUCACGCUAGAAGUUAAGUUAGUUUCAAGUAAGUACUUGAUUUAAUUGGUAGCCUUUACAGUGGGCCGUUAUGUAAGACGUAUGAGCUUCUAAGUUUUACUUAACCAAAGAUACGUGUGUGAAGGCCUAAGUAAAAUCUCAAGUUCUUUUACCUUGCUGAUAAUAUACACGAAAAAAUUACUCAAUUCUGAUUGGCUGAGAAAGGAGUGCAGCUCUUCUGUAACACGAGUGCAAAAUAUGUAACACGAGUGCAAACUUGUAACACAAGUGCAAAUUACAAAUGCUUUCAGAUUGGCUGAAAACACAAAAGAAACCAACAAGAACCAAUCAGAUUAGAGCUGUUUUAACAACAAAAAUUCAAGAAAAUGGCCAUGGUGUUCAGCAGACGACGACGGGAUUUAAAUUUUGUAAGCAAAACAACAAUAGAAAAGUUAAAAAAAUAUUCCAAAAACCCGAACACUGUAAAAAGUACGUCUUUCUGGCUAAAUGUAUUGAAAAUGCGUUGCUAAGAGAAAUGAGCCAGAGAAACUAAAAAACAAGCUACUUAUAACAGACUACGCUAAAGUAAAAAAAUAAAGAACUAAAACGGUUGCAACCACACGCAAACCAUGACAGCUACACUCUUCAGGCAUUUAAAUGAACAAGGAUACAAUUCCAUGAUAACAACAGGGAUUUCAAGUCACGUACGUUAUUUGUUGCUCUCUUUGAGUCUUUUAUGGAUCGAAGACCUCUAUUAAAACAUCCAUGCGAUGGCCUGAUUUUUUUUUCUACCUCAGCAGCAAACGAAACCGAAAAUUUAAACAUCUGGUCCAAACUAAACCAAUGGGCGAAAAUACCACAACUCACAUAAUGGAAGUAUCCGUAGCUGUUAGUAGCCUUAAAGAAAGUGAAAAGAGAGAAAAAAGUUUACCAAUCAUUGUGCAAGAAAAACAACAGUCAGGAAGCUGAAGAAAGCAAAGAUUGUAAGUUCAGAACAUAUCGUCAAUGUCACAGGCCACAAAGGUAUAAAUUUCCUUAACGAUUACGAUGAAGCGAAGGAGAGCUACGUUGACUCUUGCAGUAGGCCAAAUGAAAUGAUGAAAACUCCAGCGCUGAGAAAAAGCAAAUAUUAUAUUAAUUCUGGCAGUUUCCGACAUCACAACAACUGUGGCUCCACUCACCCAUCGAUAGCAGCGUCGAAAGAAAACAAAUUGCUUCCUUCAUUUUCGGGCUUUAAAUCGUAAAAAUUCUACAUGAAUUCAGCUAUGAUGGGGUCUCAGAAACAGACUGAUGAACAGUCGUUAAAAAGUCUUAGCAAGUGUCUUUCAUCUUUCGCUGCUCGAAGAGUUCUCCUGAUUUUAAAACGGCAGUAUACUUCUCGGAAACGCGUCUUGUAAACAUCGAGCUCUUAUAAUCGAGGAUGAAUUUAAAAACACUUACUUUUUCUGAUUAUUGUAAACCAAGUUAUCUUUAACAGGCUGGUGACCAUAUAAAAAAUCCUUGCACAUUUCCAAGUUCUUAGAUGAAUGAUUUUGAAAGCGUUGGUCUUGAAAAAGUUUGAAUUUGACAAAGGUAGUAGUCUGUUUCAGCCAAUCAGUUGAAUGAACUAAAAACGGGCGCGCUGUCAAAAUUUGUUGUAGUUAUGUUUUUCGUGUAUAUUAUUAAUAAGUAAUCACAUGAUUUUUCUCGUGCAAUUUGGAAUAAAUAAGCACUUGUAAAUUUUUCAAAGACCUCAAAGUGCACUCGCCCUAGGGGCUCGUGCACUUUUGUUGGUCUUUGAAAAAUUACUCGUGGCCAUUUAUUCUAAAUUGCACUCGUAAUCAUGUGAUUACCUACACAUCCCAUUAAAGUCGGAAAGUUGAAGCGAUUCAAGAAAAGAUUCAAGUGACUUGAAAACAUCGCUAAAACCCACUUUACGUACAUGCGGUUUCUUUUGAGCUUUGUUUAAGGCAAAGCAUGUCAAUCAAUCUUAAUUAUAUUGCGUGUGGAAAAAGCUUCAUGUUAACCUGAAGUAAAAAAGAAUCGGCUAAGUGUGUGAAGCUUUCUUUUACUUGAAGUAUUCAAAAUUCACUUUUCUUGAAAUAUUUCUUAGCUUAUUUACGCUCCAGUGCAAAGACUACCAAUGCAUAUGUACUUGAAAAUCUUAAGUCGCCCUGUAGAAAACAUGGCUUCACACUAGUUGACAAAGUAUAUUGGGUCUAUAUUACUUGAAGUAUAAGAUGUCUGCAAUCACCUUUCGCAGUAAAAUCAUUUAUGCAUAUCAGGAGCGGCUCCUGUGCAUAUUACAAACGUGACUGCUCGCGACAAGCUAAUAUAUAGAUUUAGCCAGGGCUAAAAGCGAAGCUCCCGUUCAUAAAUUCAUAAUUUAAAUCAAACAAUAAACUUGUAAUCCACAAAUCAGUUAACUUUAGGGCACAUUCAUGUAACUUUGAGGCCUAGGCUAAGGGAUUUUAGAGAAAAAUAAUUUGACAGUCCAAGAGUGAAACAAAUUUUACAUCUAGUUAAUAGUCUUAUUUGUACACCCAAAAAUAGCAUUCAUGUUCGAUCACAGAAGUUUUCAAAAGUCUUUCAGUUUUUUUAUGGUUCUCGUAUUGCGCACGCUCGCUCCGACGCCAAGUGUGGAUAUGUGAUGACUUGUCUUGGUGGUUAAUUCAAACAACCUUCCGGGGACUGCACCCACUCCCCUACCUUGUACACCCAGGGUUUAAGGGCACUUAAAACAAGUAUUGCAAAUCUUCUUUGAAAAGUUGCAAUGAUGUGAAGUAUAUAUGAAAUAAUUCAUUUUUUUUUUUUAAAGUUGCAAUAUUAUAAAGAAGGAGUUGGCCCUUUGCUGACCUUUAUAUUACCUUUAUAUAGCAGCAAGUGUAUUGAAAAGGGAGGGUAAAAAUUAAGUGCCCGCUUUAAACAGCCGAAACCCCAUCGGACUGAAAAACAGUACUUUAACUAAUACUUCUUUUUUUCUUCUUUUUGCAAGUCAGGACAAAUAAAAUUAGUUUGGGGGGCAUUAAUGCGUAAUCUACCAGUUGGGUUUUAAUCAUUACCAUCUUGCGAGUGACCAAUCUUGUUUCCUCCAUGCUUAGUACAUUCCUCUCUUCAUUUUUGAGGAAAAACUGGAAAAAUCAAAAUUUCGUCAAGAGCCCCCUUCCCCCACCCCAAGAUCUGAAAAUGGCAAGUGAUACCAUGGUUUAGCGCUGUGAUAGGUUGGACAGGAAAUAUUUAGAAAUAGCUAUUACAUUUAAGAAACCAUAUAAUACUUCAAUUAGAACUUUUUUUGUUUUUCAACUACAGGCCCUUGAAAUUAAACAAAAAGAAAUGAUUAAGACCUACAGCAAAAUCUUACAAAGGUGGCUACUUCUUUGAUAAAAGAAAUCUCCCCUCCCCUUGAACCACAUUCUUGACCACCCGCUAUGUUUUCUCUCUCCUUUUUGACCCCUUCUUUAUUCAGUGUAAGGGUUCGUAAUGUCAGCUUAUGUUAAUUGUCCACUUAAAAGAAGUGGUUUUUACCCUGUGUAUAUAUGAAGACAUAAUUUGGCUCAUCGAAAAUACAGCUUUGACUUCUUUUUACACUAAAUGAGACUCGCGUGUACUUACGUCCUCAGCACAAAGUGUGAAUCGGGAGUUGUCAUUCGUAAUUCGUGCUCACUUUUGGCGCGGUCAGGUCACACGAAAGAAUUUGCAAUCCUGGUAAAUCAAAUUUUUCCCACGUUAACUGGCGGCUUGAUCACGGCAAUAAUACCUGUGUACGUGGGUAAACGUUUCACUAAUAGUUCUGAUUUCAAAGAGUGACAAAAAGGAAGAACAUGCAUUUCCAGGUUUACUUCGAUCGAUCGAUUCUUUAUCCUGAUGGAGUCCGAUAGCUCCAUUUAGUUUUUGGAGGCCAUAUACAGCCAUUUCGAGAAAGGUUGUCGGAAAAACUGUGCACGCGACAAUCCCGAAAGGUAAUAUGGGUUAUGAUCAAUACACUGUUCCUUGACACUGUAGCUGUCGAACACCGAGGAACAAAAUAAUACACACAGAAGUUAUUUUUUGAAAAAUUUAUUUGAAAAGUCAAAUGUUUCUGUACUAAAAUGAAAUUCGCGUAUUCCAGCGUAAUGUGCCCGUUUAAACUCAACUAUAAUUUUUAAUCGAUGCGAUGAAAACUUCACAACAAAGCUGUCUCGAAUUUGAGCGUGUUUCCUAAAAUAUUUGCUUGAAUUUAGCAUCAGCUUGACCAAAAAGUCAAUAACACAAUGCUAAUUGACAAAUUUACAUUUCUACAAAAAAACAAAAAAUGUACCUUAAAUCUUCGCUCGCUCGAUUUUCCUUCAGCCGAUUCUAGCCGCGAGGAAAACAGUGAUUAAUUCAUCCAGGGCAAAUUUGUCGCUUGAUCUUUUGUCUUUUUUCCUUCAAAACGACAGCUUAGUAUUUUCUUCAACUUCGACUUUUCAUCUGUGCAUUUCAUAGAUGUAUUUUACCGCCAGGAGAGGAGAUUUGUUGAAUUUGCCUAAAAUUUUACCGCGCUAGCUCAGUUUCUUGGCGUGCACCAACGGGAAAAUGGUAGUGGCUAACUGACCAAUCAGAGCGCGCGAUUUACUUUUGUUAUGUUAUAAUGUGGUGUAGACCAUCCUUGGGGACGAACUUUGGCUUUUGAACUACAAACGUUUCUGUAGUCACCACUGAGUAAAGUUGAAGCAGGAAUAUUUUACCCCUUCACACUCAAAGAAGGUUCCAAGUACACUUAGAAAAUACUUGAGAGCCCUCAUGUGAAGCCAAUAAUUGACAGCUUUUACGCCAAGUAAUAUACUUUGUCAACAAGUGUGAAGCCAUGUUUCCUACAGAGCGACUUAAGAUUACCAAGUGCACUUGAAGUGCUUACUUUAAACUAACUUCAGGCUUCCACUGUGAAGCACUGUUGUUGGCUUCAUACUAUUAGCGAAGUUGGUUUCAAGUAAGCACUUGAAAAUCUUCAGUCGCUCUGUAGAGGUCCUCUGUUGAAAACACGGCUUCACACUUGUUGACAAAGUAUAGUACUUGAAGUAAAAGCUGUCUAUGGCAAUUCUUUACACUAGAGCCUAAAUAAGCUGAGAAAUGUUUCGAGACAAGUAAAUUUUAAAUACUUCAAUUAAAAUUAAGCUUCAAACAUAACCGUUUCUUUUUUUCUUCAGGUUAACUUAAAGCUAUUUUCCCACGCAGCAUAUAUAAUUAACAUUGAUUGACAUGCUUCUGCCUUUCAAAGCUUAAGAAACCGCAAGUUCGCUAAAUCGGUUUUAAGGAUGGUUUUCAGGUCACUUGAGCUUUUCUUGAAUCGUUUCAACUUUCCGAAUUCAAUAAGAUGCAAAGUAAAAUAACUUGAGAUUUUACUUAGGCCCUCACACAGGUAUCUUUGGUUAAGUAAAACAUAGCAGCUCUUAAGAGAGUGUCUCUGUAAGAGCGGUCCGGUCGAUUUUCGUCGAGACACAGAUUUAGCUCAUUUCUUGUGUGUUCUAAGACAUUCAUGUACCUAUACUAAAACCACAAUCCGUUUGAUCGGAUCUCUUUAUCUUUCAGAGUUUUACGGAAAUUAAAUUUCUCUUGAGCGAAGGCCUUUCGUGACACUUUUCAAGACUUUAAUUUGAGAUAACUUUGGAGGACAAUUUACAAAAAAGUACGGGACUCAGCAAAAAUCAAAUACCACAGCCAUGUAUAAUAACUCUAUCUUAUCCAUCGAGGCGACUUUCGUGAACAUCACGUUUCAAUCAAGCAAACAGGAAGACUUGAACGACACCUUAUCGGUUCGGUUAAGUAACACACGCGAAAACCGAUCAAAUUCAAGGUACAUUUUUGAAAAAGUGAGGCGUUCUUAACUGAUCCAACUAAUAUAGCUAGGAGAUAGGUGCCAUAGAAAAGGUAACUACAGAAAAAAACUUUGUGGCCCGACCUUUACUAAAACUUUAUAACUCCGUGAACUUACCUAAUUUUCGGCAAUCUCCAACUUUUGCCGCCAUUUUGAGGGACUUGUCAACAUGAAGCGUAGCAGAUAUAAAUCGAGCAGGUAGAUCUAAAACAGUCAGAAAUACAUACGAAAGCAUUCAAAUGAACUUCACUUUCAAUUCAAGGGGCAAAAUUUGAAACUGUUCGAUAAACCUACCAUUCCUACAUCCCCAUGCGACCAUUUCUUCCAACAAUUCAAACACUACAACUAGUGACCACUAGUGUUCGAAUUUCCCUUGUCGAUUCCACGUAAGAAAUAACCUGUGCCACCCAAGCUUCAACUCCAAUGUGAAGUACGAAUCAAACAACAUAACUGCGUCAUCUUCGAGGCCAUAUCACGCUGGUAUUUUGAUUUUCUGAUCGACCAGAACGGUGAUCAGGAGGUGAUCGCCAUGUUUACCUCAUAAACGUGACCGCUGACCAGCCGCUGAAUGAAAACAGUACGCCGCAGGGUGGUGUGGGUGGCGGACUUAUCGUCAUAAGAUAUUCGAAUACAAAAAAAAAAGCUUUUAGGACUCUCAGUCUAAAGACUGAAGGCAUGCUUCGUGGUACAGACAACUUUUAUUUUAUUCUCAUAACUUUUUCCUUUAAAUUAGAACUGGUAUUAAUUAAUAGGGUUAUUUAAAUAUUUUUAACCGAGGUACCCAUAUGACCUUUUGCUUGUCCUCAGUGGUAUAAAAUAAGGUGUCUUUUCUUCCAGAACCUUUUAUUUAUGCGUUAUUGCACGGAAUGAACACUAUACUUAGAAGGUUUGUUCUAAAUCAUUUUGCUGUUCCUAAGAAUGUAUGCAAAAUCAUAGAUUUAUAAAAGCUGACUGUAAAAUAUGAUUUUCCUUAACAGUAACCAAUGUCAUUUAGGUAAGGUGUUAAUAAAACUAGCAAUGUACAAUUUUUAGCGUUUUCCACUUAUAAGCCUGACAUACAAUUGUCAAGUGAACUAUGUUAGUUUCAGCUCAUUUCUUGAUUCGAUGUGACCUUUUAUCAGUAAACCCCAUUCUUUUCAUUUGCAAUUUUCCUGUACUUUUUUUUCAUAUGACAACGACAAAGAGUUUUAUAUGUAAACCGAUUUUUUGGUGUACCACUCUUAUUACAUUGUAUAUUCAAAUACAUGCAAAAGGCCGGCUAAAUAAGCUCCUCCCCCUGCUCCUAAUUUCUUGGGUUGCCUUCGCCCCAUGCCUCUGCACGACUCCCUGUCGGCUAAAAGGAAAUUUGAAAGACUGCUAUGCAAGACACAUUUUGUUUUUCUUCAUUUUCAUUUACCCUCUACCA